AUGCAAGGCCUUUUUUUCGUCUUUUUCGGCCUGUUGUUAGAGGAAAAGAUAACUCCUAAAUGCAGCCGGGAUCUUAUAUACGAUACCACCACACCAAUGAUAGAAGGAGAAGAUACGAGUACUCAAGCAGCUAAAGCAGUGUGGUUCCAGAUCGAUUCCCUAAGAACUUCUUCUCUAGCAGGCGAUUUGGCCAAUUUUGUCUUUCCUGAGCAGGAUAGCUGCCAUCAAGGAGCCCCUUUAGAGCGAGGGCCUUCCGAGACCCAUGCUAUCAAGAAGAAGAGCCUUGAGCUAAAUCAUUGA